AUGGGGCAGUUGCUUCCCACGGCUCUACGUUCACCACCUCAACCCACGUCGUCGGACCACUCGCCCCUUCUUUGCAUGUUCGACAACCCUCCCGGACCAACUCCGACCUCAUUCAGAUUCCAACACAUGUGGGUUAGGCAUUCCGCUUUCAGGGAGGUAGUCUACCAGAAUUGGAAUUUGCCAUUUGAGGGGUAUGGCAUGUAUGCUCUAGCAGAGGAGAGAGUUCGUCGGAAAGAAAUAUGCCUGGAGCAAGAGAAUACAGAAGCAGCCCGUAUUGAAUGGAGCCAUGCCCAGGCAAACCUCCUCCAAGCUUUGGCACAGGAGGAGAUUUUCUGGAAGCAGAAGGCUUGGGUCAAAUGGUUAAAGGAUGGCAACUCCAAUUCAAAGUUUUUCCACUCUCACGCCGCAGCAGAACGACGGGCUCAUAAGAAUGGUGUCUUUAGAGGAAGUCAAGGAGGCGGUGUUUGGGUUAAUGGGGACAAUGCAGCUGGUGCAGAUGGGUUCUCGGGACUAUUCUUCCGACACUGUUGGGACUUCUUAGCCCAAGACAUCCACAAUGCGGUCCAAGAGUUCCUUAUUAGGGUUCCUAUUCCCAAGUCCAUUUCACGCAUGCUCAUAGUUCUCAUCUCAAAAAAGGACGCUUGCAGCUCUUUUGCGGAUUUCAGACCGAUUAGCUUGUGCACCUUCGUUAACAAAAUUUUCAGCAAGGUGCUCUGCAAUCCCUUGAAAACGGUACUGCCAUCCCUAAUCUCGAAUGAGCAAUCGGGCUUUGUUCAAGGUCGGGAAAUUGCGGACAACAUUUUAUUGGCCCAGGAGUUGGUGGGCUCCUUGGAUAGGAAGAGUUAUGCAAGCUUUUGGCUUUCACCACACUUUGUCGUCCUGCUCUUGAGCAACUUGUCUGCCGGUCGGUUCUCCCUGCUGGUUAACGGGAAGCCCUACGGUUUCUUCCCUGUUUCGAGUGGGCUCAAGCAAGGAGAUCCGUUGUCGCCGUACCUAUUUAAUUUGGUCGCCGAAGCUCUGAGUAGGGGUCUAAAUCAGCUUUUCUUGUCUGGGAAGAUCACUAGUUACGGGUUGCCGCGAAGGUCAAAAGGUGAACACGAUGAAGAGUGUCUAUGUUCUGCCUCGCCGGUGUUCCAUGGCUCACGUGCGGCUGGUAUCCUCCAUUACUGGAAUGCAGUGCAAGCGGCUCCUAAUAGACUACUUGGGAUGCAAGCUAUUUGCAAGCAGGACAAAAGCUUCUUACUUCCAGCCCUAGUCGACAAUCUGAAUAAGCGACUAGUGGGAUGGAAGGGUAAACUACUAUCUGCGGGAGACAGAAUGAUACUAAUUAAGCACGUGCUGGCGGCUAUUCCUCUGUACACAUUGGCAGUGCUCGACCCCUCGAAACGGGUGUUAAAACAAUUGGAGCAGUUAAUGUCCAACUUCUUUUGGGGGGCAACUGAGGAGACGCCCAAACGGUACUGGCUGUCCUGGGACAAACUAUGUUACCCGGUGGAAGAAAAUGGCCUUGGGUUUCGGAAGUUGGGGGAUGUUCAACAGGCAUUUGCGUGCAAGCUCUGA